ACCUCGCCUGGCCCACAUCAGGAGGAGCUGACGGCCGCUGACUACUAUGCGGACAGCUACGGGCACUUUGGAAUCCAUGAGGAGAUGCUCAAGGAUGAGGUGCGCACGAAGACAUACAUGAACUCCAUCCUGCGCAAUGGGCACCUAUUCAAGGACAAGGUGGUGCUGGAUGUGGGGUGCGGCACCGGAAUCCUGAGCCUCUUCGCCGCCAAGGCCGGCGCCAAGCAUGUCUACGGCAUCGACAUGUCGGCCAUCGCCGAACAGGCCAAGAUCAUUGUGCGCGACAACGGCCAUGCGGACCGCAUCACCAUCCUCCGGGGCAAGGUGGAGGAGGUCGAGCUGCCAGUGGACACGGUUGACAUCAUCAUCUCAGAGUGGAUGGGCUACUUCCUUGUGUAUGAGUCCAUGCUGGACACCGUGUUGUGGGCCAGGGACAAGUGGCUGGCGCCCCAUGGCCUCAUAUUCCCCGACAAGGCCAGCCUCCACCUGGUGGCCAUCGAGGAUGCUGAGUACAAAACGGAAAAAAUCGACUGGUGGCAGAACGUGUACGGAUUCGACAUGAGUUGCAUUGGCAAGACCGCGCUGUCAGAGCCCCUCGUGGACUGUGUCGACGCCAACCAGAUCUGCACCCAUGCCUGCCUGCUGAAGACCUUUGACAUCAAGACCAUGACCAAGGAGGAUGCAUCGUUCACGGCAAACUUUGCGCUCACCACCACCCGCAAGGACUAUGUGCACGCGCUAGUGGCCUACUUUGACAUCGUUUUUGCCGACUGCCACAAGCCCAUCGCCUUCAGCACCGGGCCGCGCAGUCGGUCCACCCACUGGAAGCAGACGGUGUUUUAUCUGGAGGACACGCUCAGGGUGCACCCCAAGGAGGAGAUCACAGGAACCGUGACGUGCUUUCCAAAUGCCAAGAAUCCGAGGGACCUGGAGAUCGGCAUUACCUACGCCUUUGAGGGGUCCGAGGGAUCUUGGUCUGGCGACCAGAAGUACAAGAUGCGGUGA